CCGUCGCACCCGGGCCCGCGCCAUGGGGCUCUGGCUGCCGCCGCCCCCGGCGCCGCCGGGCUAGGGCAAUGCGGGCGCCCCUGGCGCGCGGCCCCCGCGGGCACCAUGAGCCCCCUGCUCCGCCGCCUGCUGCUCGCCGCGCUCCUGCAGCUGGCCCCCGCCCAGGUUCCUGUCUCCCAGCCUGAUGUCCCUGGCCACCAGAAGAAAGUGGUGUCAUGGAUAGAUGUGUAUGCUCGUGCCACCUGCCAGCCGCGGGAGGUGGUGGUGCCCCUGACUGUGGAGCUCAUGGGCACCGUGGCCAAGCAACUGGUGCCCAGCUGUGUGACUGUGCAGCGCUGCGGUGGCUGCUGCCCUGACGAUGGCCUAGAGUGCGUGCCUACUGGGCAGCACCAAGUCAGAAUGCAGAUCCUUAUGAUCCGGUACCCGAGCAGUCAGCUGGGGGAAAUGUCCCUGGAAGAACACAGCCAGUGUGAAUGCAGACCAAAAAAAAGAGAGAGUGCUGUGAAGCCAGACAGGGCUGCCACUCCCCACCACCGUCCCCAGCCCCGCUCUGUUCCGGGCUGGGACUCUUCCCCCGGAGCACCCUCCCCAGCUGACAUCACCCAUCCCACUCCAGCCCCAGGCCCCUCUGCCCACGCUGCACCCAGCGCCGCCAGCGCCCUGACCCCAGGACCUGUCGCUGCAGCUGCCGACGCCGCAGCUUCCUCCGUUGCCAAGGGCGGGGCUUAGAGCUCAACCCAGACACCUGCAGGUGCCGGAAGCUGCGAAGAUGACACGUUGCUUUUCAGACUCAGCAGGGACACUUGCCUCAUAGGCCAAACCCCAGAGGGGGACUAGAGGGCAGCCUUGUGAGAACAUCCCAGCCCCUCAAGACCUCAGCCCAGGCGGAAGCUGCUCCAGGACCUGGGCCUCUCAGGGCUUUCUGGCCAUCCCUUGUCUUUGCAAGGCUGCCAUCCAAUAGGAUGGGCAGAGUUGGAUGAGGAGACUUGGAGGCAGCAAGAGGGGUCGCGUACCAACUUGGGAGAGAAUGGGGUCCUGUCUCAUUGUUUAACCACACUGUGCAAGUGAGCAUCUUACGACUGGCCCCACCCUCCCCUCACUAAGAAGACCUUGAUCCUCUGCAAAUAAUGGGAGUUGGGCCUUGGUGUGAGAACUGUGACCCCCACACCCCCAAUCCUGAUAAAAGAGAUGGAAGGAGCUGUC